UGAGGUGGGAAGGCUCUGGAGAAUGUUUCUCAAGCAAAGUAGCAUAUGGAAGCAGCUAUGUCAUAAGAAUACUAGCAUACAAUGCUUUAAAAGGAGCAUUUUCCGACAGCUCGUGUUAUCAGAAUUAGGUGUCAGGCAUGCCGGUCCAAUUCCUGGCAUACCUAUGUGUGUUAACCUUAAGUAUAAAAGAGAGUGCUGCUGUUGGCUCCGGCAUCCAAACACCUACAAGUCAAAGAAGAAAAAGAGAAUUUAUCCAUUCAUCCAACUACUAACACGAACAGCAGCAACUCAGAGCAUCAUGCGUCUGUCUUCUAUGUGGCUCUGUAGCCUCCUUCUCAUUUUAAAGCUGCAGCUGACUAGCACGUAUCCCAUCAGUACUGGCUUGACUGACACUGACAUGGACAUCUUGAAGGUGCUCCUCAGCAGACUGGAGGAGUCUGUUUCAGAACAAAUGGCAGUGGACCAAAGUGCCCCUGGACAGAGGGAUCUUCUAGACAGCCUGAGCACAGAGGACGCAGGAGAUGGACCUCAGCCAGACGCUGGACUAGAUGAAGCUGAAAUCCGGGAGUUUCUUUCAGCCAAGAACCUCAAGAGUGUCCGCAAUGAUUCAUCUAGGAGAUCUUCUGGUUGCUUUGGGCGACGGAUGGACAGAAUAGGCUCCAUGAGCUCUCUGGGUUGCAACACUGUGGGAAGAUACAAUCCAAAGCAAAGAUGAAGUCUUACCAUCUAAAUUCCAAAACUGCAACGUCUCUACACAAAGAUACUUUUAUUUAAAGGCUAUUUAUUUACUAAUAUUUAUUAAAUACUGUUGCUCAGCAGAAUAUUUAAAAAAAAUUGAACCAAAACUGUUCCUUGUGUACUGUUGAAUGUUUUA